UAAAAUCAGGCCACGCGCAGAAGGCUGCGCGGCCUUCCUAGUGGAGGAACGAGCCGCAGGCGACGAGCGGCGGCGAGCCGGCGGCGCCGGUGCGAAGAGGCGACGAACGGCGGCCGGUGGUGAGGGCGAGCAGGAGGAGUCUUUGGUGCGCUCAGCGGAGGCACGGGGCGAAGAGGCUCCUCCGCUCACCGCCGCCUCCACCGCCAUUCCGGUAAUCAGGAAGCAGUUGGAGGCCAAGAUGUCGGGCGCUGGUUUUCUCGAGUUGAAGCUUCACUAUGCAGAUCCGAAGACGAUAGAUCUCGUCGUCGGGGAUGCCGUCAGCUCGGAGGUUAUCUCCGCCGGGGGCUACCUCUGGAAGAUUAACUGCUACCCGCGUGGAUACCGGGAGGAGGACAGGGGCCAGUACGUCUCUAUGUACCUCGAGCUCAUCAGCGAUUCCAUAGCCGUCAAGACCAUCUGUCAAGUUUUUCUGCAGGGGAGGGGUGGUGAACCAUCCUUCUCCCAUGAAAAGAAGCUAGUGAAGGUUUACUCUGACUCUGAAGACUCCAACUGCUGGGGUUGGAAUCAGUUCCUGAAGCGAAGCGUUCUGGAGUCAACCUACCUCUCCAACGGAUGGGUCACGUUUCUGUGUAGUAUCAUAGUUCUUGGUGAUGAAACCAUUAUCGUGCCACCUUCCAACAUAGGGAGUGAUCUGAGCCUCCUGCUUGACAGAAAAGUCGGUACCGAUGUUUCGUUCAUCGUUAAAGGGGAGACAAUCCAGGCUCACCGUGCUAUUCUCGCUGCUCGCUCACAAGUGUUUCAAGCCGAGCUCUUUGGUUCCAUGGCAGAUUCCAAAUCGGCGUCCAUCACGCUGCAAGACAUUGAGCCUGCAACCUUUAAAGCUAUGCUUGGGUUCAUGUACACAGAUGAGUUGCCUGAAGAUGAUGAGUUUGGGGACGCGUUCAUUGAGAUCAUGCAGCAUCUGCUUGCUGCGGCUGAUCGAUAUGCAAUUGAUCGACUGAAGUUUAUCUGUGCUCGUAAGCUGUGGGAUAACAUCUCUGAAGAUACAUUUGCUCAAAUUUUAGUUUGCGCUGAGACUUACAACUGCCCAGUGUUGAAGAGCAGGUGUUUUGACUACUUUGCAACGGACAACAACCUGAAAAAUAUAAUUUUCACGGAUGGUUUCCUGUGGCUGUUACAGGAAUUUCGACCGCUUGCUGCUGAGCUGAAGGCGAGGGUUGGGAUGUAACAUCCUUAAAGAAUCAUGUAGUGGCGUUGAACCAUAGUGUCAGUGUGUAAUAUUGGAAAGCUGGCGAGUGUUAUCUAGUAGCCGUAUUAUGCUCGACUGUGGCUUAAGCUUCCAAGAUGUUGACUUCUGCCAUUAUUAUAGACUGACUAAUGCAGCCUUAGGUUCCUCAAUGCUGUAGGAUAUAUAUUAAGUAUGUUAGAAUAUCAACUGCUUAUGGUAUCAAAUUUCUGCAUCUUUACACUC